GCGAACCCAACCGUUAACCCGAAGAAGCGACCCAGCCGGCGGCUACUGCGGACUGUCGAUCCUGUUCACCAAACUGGUGUCUUUAACGUGAGAUUUACGGCAUUAAACCGGAUGCCUCUAUGAUCCAACUAACCUUACAACGAUAUAUACAGUGUUCAGUUUACGCAAGAGGUGAGCCAUGGCUGAACCGAACCCCUCCCGUCCCCAGAGGAAGAUGUCCACAGCUGGGGAAAGUGUUUACAAGGUGCUAGGGCUGGAGAAAGGAGCCUCAGCUGAGGACAUUAAGAAGGCGUACCGAAAACUAGCGCUGAAGUACCACCCGGAUAAGAACCCGGAUAAUCCAGAGGCAGCAGAGAAGUUUAAGGAGAUCAACAACGCAAACUCUAUUUUGAAUGAUGAGACGAAAAGGAAGAUCUACGAUGAAUAUGGCUCCAUGGGCCUUUAUGUGUCCGAGCAGUUCGGAGAGGAGAGCGUCAAAUAUUACUUCCUCAUGUCAAAAUGGUGGUUCAAGGGCAUGGUUCUGUGCUGCACAUUGUUCACCUGCUGCUGUUGUUGCUGCUGCUGUUGUUUUUGCUGUGGGAAAUGUAAACCACCAGAUGAUGACGAAAAUUACCAGUACGUCGACCCUGAAGACCUGGAGGCCCAAAUCAAAGCAGAGCAGGACGGAGGUUACACAGUAAUCAUAGGCCAGCCUACAUCUAAUCCAGAUCCUGAAAGCCCAAAGGGCCAGAAUCAGCCCAUCCCCCUGCCCAUGCCUAUGCCUCCACCUGAGCCCCAGUUGCCGACCUCAGCCAGUGCAGCGGGGGAAGAAAACCCCGGAGAGACCUUACCGGAGUCGAAAUGACUCGAAGGUGAUGGUGUGGAUGAGCCGCGACUAACAGAAGCAGCCUGUCAUGCUCCUGUUAUGAUCCAGCCACAUUCGACUGCUGCCAGCGACACAGAGAUCAACCAGCCCACAACCACCAGCCACCCUGGGCCAGAACCUCAAUCCUGACCCCUCAUGACCUGACCAUACCUCUGGAUUACACCUGUAAGGUGGGCACUCUGGAGGCUCUUAUUCUCUCUCCAUGGAGCUCAAUGAAUUGAGGGGAAUUCCUGGAGAUAAAUUUAGAAAAUCUGUUUAAAAGCCAUCCUCUCUUCUCCAAGCUUGCCAUGUACUUUAGCCUCGCCUCGCCUCGGCUGGAUGUGAUUUUUCAACAGUUCGCAUGGCAGCGUGCCCAUACUGACCUCAUUAAUCUGUUCCUGUCAUCCAUUACAAACAACGGGGAUGUGACACUUGGCAGGAUGAUGGCAAAAAGAAAAGAUAUGAGGGCGAAAGACAUCAAGGAAAGCUUGUCCUCUGUUUAAACCCGAUCCAGAUGAGGACUGGAACUGUUUCUUCUUUCUGCUUGUCACCAACAGGAGCAUUUUUUCUUUUUUAUGUUUAUCCCUCAAAAAAGAAGAAAAACUAACAACCAGAGAGUGGAAUUGGAUUACGAAAGUAAGAAAAGACGCCAGCAGCACGACUACCUGAGUGUUGUGGACCUUUUUUCCUCCGCUCCCUCCUUCUCAGUGUCUGCUAAACAUCAACCCAUAGACUUUACAUGAGCUCUUGCUGCCAAGUCAUUUGGAGAAGAAUAAUCUGAGAAAUAGCCUUUCAUGGAGGACAAACUGUAGCGUCUCUUAGCAUUUAAACUUGGACAACACUACAUUUAAUACGGACACUAAUGCAAAGAAGAGCGAGCAAAGAUGUGGCAUAUGCAGCAGUAGUGACUUCUUACACAAACAUUGUGACUUUCAAUGUCUGAGCCAAAACCCAGAGCUGUAAAGUCGAGGCUAACCCCCCCUGCAUGCAUUUUUUCCCCAGUAGCAUGCCCCCUUCUGUACAGCACUGCAAUUACACUACAACGUGUGAUAGACCUAAACCUGCCUCACAUAACCUCAGUGACCAAGCAGACUCUGGUUACACACAUUAACAGUAUAUACAGACAGAUUAAACCAGCCCAUAUGUCAUGUGCCACCCUUUGCUAAAGAAAUACCCCCUCGAUUAUCUGUUGACUGAAAGUGAGCAACAGAAGCAUUUAAGUGUUUACUAGAAUAUAUUUUAAUUAAAUCACAUUUUGUUGGUCUAAAUUAUUUGAGUUUCCUUCUUGUGUUGCAGUCAGUGUUUCAGUUAGACCAAAGGCAACAGCUGUAUGUAGCCAGCCAACUUAUAAUCGCUCUAAUCGAGGCGUAAAGCCUCUAAAAAUCCAUUUUCUUGAUCUGAAAGUCACACUUAUAUCAUUGAAGUUUUUCAUAAAAUAUGCAUGGAGUGCUUAAGGAUUUAUCUAUUUGAUGUCUGGUCCUAGAAAAAAAGCUUCAUGCCAGUCCCUUUGUUAGGGCCUGUGUCCACUGGAGAAAGGUCUGGCUGAAGACCGUACAUCUGUGAUCACCACUCUCACAGACCAUUCAUCUGAGACUCUAUAUCACAGAAAGGAAGUCUUUUAGAUUUUUUAUUUUUUUAUAAUUCAACAUUAUUCAGUUCUGGCAGUUACAUUCAUGACAAAGACGUAGAAGACGUACCUGCACCACUUACACAGCUGCUUUGUGGGCUUAACUUUAUCUAUGUUAGCUGUGUUAGCUAUAUAGCACCUUUAUCUAAAGUUAUCUUUAGCAACCUUGAGCUUUAGCAAGUGUAGCUAAUAUGAUAUGCAUAUGAUGUAGAUAUGUAGCUUUCAUAGCUGCUUUGUGAGUUUAGCCUUAGCUAUGUUGGCUGUGUAGCCAUGUUAGCUACGGAGCUCCUUUAUCUGUAGUUAAGUUAUCUUUAGGAAGCUUGAGCUUUAGCAAAUGUAGCUGAAGUUAACUUAGUUAUGCAGAUAACGUAGAUAUGUAGCUUACAUAGCUCCUUUGUGAGCUUUACUUUAGCUAUGUUGGCUAUGUAGUUGGCUGUGUAGCUAUGUACCUGCAUAACCUACACAGCUGCUCUCUGGGCUUAGCUUUAGCUACGUUAUCUAUGUUAGCUGUGUUAGCUGUAGAGCACCUUUAUCUAAAGUUAUCUUUAACAACCUUGAGCUUUAGCAAGUGUAGCUAAUAUGAUAUGCAGAUGAUGUAGAUAUGUAGCUUACAUAGCUGCUUUGUGAGUUUAGCUUUAGCUAUGUUGGCUGUGUAGCCAUGUUAGCCAUAGAGCACCUUUAUCUAUAGCUAAGUUAGCCUUAGCAACCUUUGGCUUUAGAAAAUGUAGUUUAAGUUAACUCAGUUAUACAGAUAGCUUUCAUAGCUGCUUUGUGAGUUAGGCCUUUGGUGCAUCAGCUACAUUUGCUAUGUAGCAUUGUUAUCUACUUAGCUUUGCAGACAAUGAAGCUAUGUAAGCUACACUUGCUGCAUUAGAAUGUUUUCAUGGAGGAUGAGCUUUUAUUUCUGUAAGCAGACUGUUUGCUCUUCUAAAAAGACUUGAAAAUGGGCUUUUCAGAUCACUUUUUUUUUUACUUUUAAUUUUUACUGUUACCUUUUCUCAUACCCUGACCCUAAAUAGAAGUGUAAUCCGAGUUUAUUUAUUUAGUUAUUUUGAAAGUUUAAUCAUGUAUUUCCAUCCUGAGAUGUAUGCCGUCUCAGAUGAACUGUCUGUGAGAGUGGCCUUUAGAGAUGGAUGGUCUGCAGACAGACUGUCUUGGUCCAUUUGGCUGUUUUUGCUGCAAUGCGCAUUUUCAACAAAACACAAAUGCCUAGUUUUUUUCGGACUAAGCUCAGGGUGCUCUCAGUUGAAAGAUGAUUUUUGAACUGUUUUUUUACAGCACUGCAGUCAUCAAUGUUUCUUUUCUCACUGAAUGAUUACAGUCAAGAAAGGAUGGGACUGAUGUUAUCAGUUUUAUAAACAACAAUGGCAGCAGAGAGGCUAAGGCCUUGUACACAUUAGCCCCAUAUUCCCACUUGCUCCAUCUGCUUUUUCUCCGAUGGGGAGUGUGCCCUCAUCCAUUGGGUGCAGCAGAGCAGCUGUAGAUGCAAGAUCACAAGAAUACUAAAAGUUCAUGGAGGCAAAGUAUGUACACAGCAAAUUCAAAAUCAGUGUGAUUUUUUUUUGCAUUGCGUUCCCAGCUAAGCUUGACUUGCCUUUACAAGGAGUGAAUUUCCAGGUCUAGAGCUGCAGCUAAUGCCAGGACAGGAAUUCUUUACAUUUUCUUGUCAUUUUUUUCCUUGAACAAAUGAAAAUACUAAGCAUAUAGUGCUCUUUUAAACACAGAUACAACUGAUGGAAGCAGAAGUCAACAAUUAGCCACUGGUGAGAAGCACUCUUGAUUUGAGGUGACUGGCACCCCAGAUCUAAAAGCACCAUCAAUGGUCACAGGCUCUUAUUCUGCUGUCAUAUUUCUAAUUUUUUGCAUCUCGGUGGCUUGUGUGUCCUUUUCUAAAUGUAAAGUUUGUUCACUUUCAGCCCUCAAAAAUGGCUCCUACCACGCAGUUAACCUCUACUGAAAAUUUCAGGCACUUUCAUUUUAGCUUAAUUCAUUAAAUCUGUCUCUUUUCAUCUUAAAUGUCCUUCUCUUUCUUGAGUUCUAGUUAUUUGAAAAAAAAAAAUAAAAAAUACAAGCUUUGUGAUGUGAUGGUGACAGUGACGUGCCUUGAAAAAUUACUGCAGCAGUGGCAGAGCAGCAAACUCAUGAUGCAACUAUUUAAAGUCUCAAGAUAUGUGAAAGAGUAUUUGUGGAUGUUUUGUUUGACUUAUGAAAAAUAAUUUCAUGCAGAUUCAUGACCAUGACUGGUGAGCAGGAGCUUCAUUCUUAAAAAGUUUUACUCUUCACUUUUACUUGGUGGAAACGUUCAUUGUUUGCGAGGUUUCUUUUGUUUUCUGAUCAUGCUUUCCCAAUGUGCGAAUCUUAGUGAAUCUAGAUCAAGGUUUUUGGUCUCACAGAACCUCAUAGUAACCACCAGGGGUCUUGUUUGAUGAUUUAUUAAGAGGUUCAUACACUUUGGUCUAAAUCAAAACACACAUUUUGCUUUUUAUAACUCCCUCUUUCCUUUCACUGAAGGUUAUAACACUUGUGUUUGACAUUAUUGUGUUGACUCUAGGUCAAGUUAAAGAGCACUGACCUAACAAAGCAGAGCUGUUCAUGGUCAGUGUUGAGCUGAAAGGGCAUAACUUCUUUUAAUUGGUCAAGCUGAGGCUUUGAAUGCACUGUUGAAAACCAAGUAUACAUUUCCUUACGGCUUACAUAACUCUCUAAUGCCUGGAGAUGUAAUGCGGACAAACAUUUACAUGAUCCUUUUUUUUUUUUACAUACAAAAUAUUCAUAACCCUGCACAGUUAAAGUAACUAAACCUGAGUUUCAGCUGAGGUGCAUCCAUGCUGGAAUUUUAUUCACUCCUUCAUGCCAUCACCAUCAGACACAGUUUCCAAAAGAGACACAAUCUCUUUUGGAGAUUUGACUAUUUGCCAUAAUUCCAUAACCAUCAAAGGUAGCUUCACAACAAGCUACCUGAGUGUGAAACGAUGGUAUGUCCUCCUGCAGAACAAGAACCAAUGUUUUUACACUACAGCACCUGUUCUAGUGGCAUUACUUGUCUUAUAGGGCUGUUAGGAUGCUGUUUGCAUGCAUGAUGGCUCUUGCAGGUUGCAGACUCCUGCAUGUCUCUAGGUGUUUUGCCUUUAUCGGAUGGUACAGCUGAAGGGACACGGGAAACAUGGGGGGAGAGAGUGGGAGAAGACAUGCACAAGACCAGGAAUCGGCCCUGUGACCAGUGUGUUGAGGACUAUAGCCUCAGCAUUUGGGCGCCCGCUCUACCAACUGAGCCAUCACCCUGUCAGCUCUCUUAAUAACUUAGUAGGCUGCUUGCCGUGCCGUUAUUUAAAGGGGAAGUUUAAGGGGGUUAAGCCUUUACAAGAGGGUCUUUUUUACAUUAAAAUGGAUCAUUCAUUGUGUUUGGGGUCUUCAACCCCAAUAAGGAAGUUACAAAACGGCUAUUGGGGAUUUAAAUAGCAGAUUUUACUCCCGGAAACCAGAGCUGCUGAAAAAGUGCACUUUUAAUGGUGUUGUCAAGAUCCAUAACUGUAUAGCAUCCCGAGUAGUGACUUGAAAAGAUGAGAACCAUUGCUGUAGAAGACAAAAGCUCACAUUUAUUUAACCUUAGAGUGUCAAUGCAACAUCUUUGACUAGCAUGGCCCGCAGUUACCCAAGGACUCUUGAUGUCACCUGUUAAUUGUAAAAGUCUUUUAUGAGACAGAGGCUUUAAAUUGGGAAAAGAUGGUACGCUUGCAGAAGACACAAGCUUGUAAGUUAUCUUUAUUUUGAGAAAAUCAUGCUUUAUAUGCAGUUUUUGUGGAUAAGAACUACACUACCCACAAUCGUAGAGUGUCACAUACAUGUCUUAUUGGUGGAGCCCACUGUAACCUGUGGAUUUCAAUUAUCGGCUGUUGUUUGGCACCACAUUUGUAACCUGCCUCCAGAUCAGCCAAUAGAAAAAUUCAGUUGCAGUAGCGAGUUUCAACCUGUAGAGGGCAGUCACUAUGCAUAUUUUCUAACAUGUAAUGUAGAAUUUGAAUACUUUGCGCUCAAAUAUUGAUGAACAGAGCUUCUAAAUAGGCAUAUAUGUUUAUUUUCAGCUAAAAAAGGAGGCUUGGGGUUUAGUCACUCUUUAAACAUUGUCAUGAUUUAUAUAGCUUUAUGUUUUUGUAAUCUGUGUCUGCUUGAAGAACUUUCUGCAAACGUUAUGGUCAUCAUUUUAGUCCAACAAAAGCCCAGCCCAUCAUUUCUAGUGUUUAUAAGGACAUUUAUUAUCUGAUUUCUGUUCAUAUCUUCUUAAAAUACAACACUUAAUUGUGAAAGUGACAAGGCCAUGAAGCACUCAAAGAAGAUAGGUUAUUUAUUAUUUUUUUUAACUGUAAAUAAUUAAUAACAGCUAAAUAACAUCUUAAUUGUUUUAUGGACAUGUUUUAUGCAUUUAUUUCUGUUUUAACAGUGCUUGUUAAUUUUUAUUUUUCUAAUUUGUUACAUAUAAAUACUGAUUAUUACAUUGAAUAUUUUUAGACAUUGUUAAUUUGGGUUUUAAAAGAUUAGCUCCAACUCUAAAUCCAUGCAUUUGUCCAUGCUAACCUUUUAGCACAGUUUAUUGAUAGAAACGACUUGCUAAUUUAUGCUAAAAACACUUAGCUCAUACUUUGGAGGACAGGUGGGUUAUUCAUUUUAUGUUGGCUCUCCCUGUACUCAUGCAAACAGUGAAACAAUCCACCAAAAUUGGUUGGGGAGUUUAAGUUUUUGAAAGAUCAGAGCUCAUUUAAUGAUGUCAAUGAAGAUGAGUUUUUUAUUGCAGGGUGGUUUGUCGCUUACUGUCGUGGUUCUGUGGACGAUAUGUAAAUGAGUUAUAAUGAAAUACAACCAAAUAAAAA